AUGCUCUCGCUCAGCGCUCUUGUCUUGGCCAUCGCUAUCGUUGUGACCAAGUCGCUAGUCACCAGUCUCGUCUUGGUCGGUGCCUUGAACCUGAUCCCGCCAGUCGCUAUAUAUACCCCCAAACUUCUGCUCCGCUCCAUCGGGUGCCUCAUCCAGAAACGCACCAAGUCUCGCAGGGAGUUUAUCCUCGGUCGGGUGCGGGCAGAACAGGAAGAAUACCUUGCAAAACAGGCCAAGUCGUCCCUGCGACCCCCCGCCGAUGAUGAAGACUGGGAGAAGGUGGACAGCUCGAGCGACAAGACGACGGGCAACAAGACUGGUGGAGAUGACGACUGGGAUGGGAUUGUGGGCUUCUUCCAUCCGUUCUGCAACGCCGGUGGUGGCGGAGAACGUGUCCUUUGGGAGGCAGUGCGAGCAACGCAGAAACGCUGGCCCAAGGCGAUUUGUGCUAUCUAUACCGGAGACCACGAGGUCAACAAGGCAGCUAUGCUAGAGAGAGUCGAGAACCGCUUCAACAUCAGCUUGCACGCCCCGACGGUUGUCCUUCUGUACCUGACUACUCGCAAGUAUGUCGUUCCGAGCAUGUACCCAUACCUGACACUACUGGGCCAAGCUCUUGGGUCUCUAGUGGUUGCGUACGAUGCGUUCAACCUGCUGGUGCCGGACAUCUUCCUCGACACGAUGGGCUACGCGUUCACGCUCGCGUUCAGCAAGUACCUGUUCCCGUCUGUGCCGACGGGCGCGUACGUGCACUACCCGACCAUCUCGACCGACAUGCUGGAGUCGCUGGAUGACGAGACCGGGGUGAAGGGGAUCAACGCCGGGACGGGCAAGGGCCUACGCGGCACGCUGAAGCGCAAGUACUGGCUUGCGUUUGCACGGCUGUACGGCUGGAUGGGCGGGCAGGUGGACGUGGUGAUGUGCAACUCGUCGUGGACGGCCGCGCACAUCCGCAAGCUCUGGGGCCCCGCGCGGCAGCACAAGCCGCACGCCGAACCCACCGUGAUAUUCCCGCCGACCGCAGUGUCGGAGCUGGAGGCCGCCAUCGCCGUGGACGCGGAGAGCGAAAAGCUCCGCCAGCCGGUGCUGCUUUACAUUGCGCAGUUCCGGCCGGAGAAGAACCACGGCCUCGUGCUGCGGUCGUUUGCGCGCUUCCUCGACGAGCGCAAGAAGAAUCCCAUCUCGGCCUCGCUGCCGGACCCACGACUCGUCCUCAUCGGCAACGUCCGCCACGCCAGCCCGGACGAAACACACAUCUACAACCUCCGCCUACUGGCCCACGAACUCCACAUCCGCGACCAGACCACCUUCCUCUGCGACGCCAGCUGGCCGGCCAUCCUCUCGCACCUGGGCUCCGCCUCCGUCGGCGUCAACGGCAUGUGGAACGAACACUUUGGCAUCUGCGUCGUCGAGUACCAGGCUGCAGGGCUGAUUUGCGUCGUCCACGACUCCGGCGGGCCCCGCGAGGAUAUCGUCGUCGACCUCGGCGACGGCGCAACGGGCUUCCGCGCUUUAUCCGAGGAGGAGUUUGCCGCCGCCUUCGAGGCCGCCCUUGCCUUACCCGUCGAAGAGAAGGUUGCCAUGCGUCUGCGGGCGAGAAAAUCCGCCCAGCGCUUCUCCGACGUGGAGUUUUGUUCCAAGUGGGUGGACAGAUUGGAGAAGCUGGUCGAGCUAGCUUAG